AGGUGAGGGAAGGGACGGACUCCGGCGGGGAGAGCGGUGUGUGAAGUGGCGCUCAUGGGAGGAGGUUGCCGCCUUCCAAGGAGGAUGCUCGGCCACAAAGAGCGGCCCGCGCGCCGGCCUGGGCUCUAGCGGCGGGGCCCUCCCGGGAGAGCUCGGAGCUGGGGGCGCGCGCCCCGGCGCCCCGGGGUCACCAUGCCUGUCCGCAGGGGGCAUGUGGCGCCACAGAACACAUUUCUGGGCACCAUCAUCCGGAAAUUUGAAGGGCAAAAUAAAAAAUUUAUCAUUGCAAAUGCCAGAGUGCAGAACUGUGCCAUCAUCUACUGCAACGAUGGGUUCUGCGAGAUGACUGGCUUCUCCAGGCCAGAUGUCAUGCAGAAGCCCUGCACCUGCGACUUCCUCCAUGGGCCCGAGACCAAGCGGCAUGAUGUGGCCCAAAUCGCACAAGCGUUGUUGGGGUCAGAGGAGAGGAAAGUGGAGGUCACCUACUAUCACAAAAAUGGUAAAGUUUGCCUUUUUAGAAUUUCUUGCGUUUGA